ACUAUAUUUUAAAUAGUUUUGCUUUAAAUAAGAUAUAAAAAUGACGGAUUUGUUCCCGCGUGUUUCCUUCCCGCGCACGUCGCACUAGGUGGAAGUUGGUCAUGGUCGUCCGCCAAACGGAAAGCCGCCAUGAUGGCUUUCUGUAAAGUACGCUCAAUAUGUAAAGUUUCGUUAUUGUUUUUCAUUAAUUGUGACUGAGUGCGUGCAAAAAUUAACCAUGGGAACGAACUAGAGUGUGCAAAGUGCAGUUUACGGUCCUUUGGGACCUCCUGGAGGAGCUAUAAAGUGAUUUAUAAGUGCAUUUUUGUGUCGACGCUAGCGUGUUUUGUUCUGUCAACAAAAUGUCGAAGCUCUCGUUUAGGGCGAGGGCCCUGGAUGCGUCGAAACCAAUGCCCAUAUAUCUCGCCGAGGAGCUUCCGGAUUUACCGGACUACUCGGCGAUUAAUCGUGCUGUACCUCAAAUGCCCUCUGGUAUGGAAAAAGAGGAGGAAAGUGAGCAUCACCUCCAGAGGGCAAUAUCGGGCACGGGGCUGAUCAUACCCACACCGGAAGUAUGCCAGGUUUCAGACGUCGACUUCUACGAGAGAUGCUACCCGCCCGACUACAAGAUGCCCAAGCAGCAUAUACAUAUGCAGCCGCUGUGGGAGGAACAAGAGGCGCCGGAGUACGACAUCGACUCGGAGGAUGAGAGGUGGCUCAAACAACAGAGGCGUCCUGAGCUAACAGAGUUAAAGUUCGAACAAAUGAUGGACAAACUGGAGAGAAGCUCGGGGCAGACGGUGGUGACGUUGAACGAGGCGAAGCUACUCCUUGAGAGACACGACGAUCUUGUCAUAGCGGUCUACGACUACUGGCUCAACAAACGGCUCACCACUUUAUCAAAGGUAACCUUCCAGCAACAUCCACUAGUCCUGUCAGUAAAGACGGAGAGUCGGCCCGGUCAGUCCACAAACAAUCCGUACCUUGCGUUCCGACGUCGCACCGAGAAGAUGCAGACGAGGAAGAACAGGAAAAACGACGAGAGCUCGUACGAGAAGAUGCUGAAGCUCCGGCGCGACCUGGCGCGCGCGCUGACGCUGCUGGAGCUCGUGGCGCGGCGGGAGCGCGCCAAGCGAGAGCUGGUGCGGCUCACGGCGCUGCUGGCCGAGCGCCGGUACGUGGCCGGGGACUUCGCCAACCAGCUGCUGCCCGACCCGCCGCCUAGGCCGCAGUACACCGCGGUACCGAUAACAACAGCGAGCUUUCGUCGCGAGUACACAGUUCAGCAUUACCCGCCUCGAGCGCCCUCCACACCGAUCGAGCCGAGACAGCGCGAGAAGCGACCGUACAAGCGGCGGAAGCAUCGCCACCACGCGCCAGCCGCGCACCCGCACCGAGAUUCAGGCGUUUGUACAUCAUCGGAGGAGGAGUCAGCUCCGCCGGACGACGGGCCCUUCGCCUUCCGUCGGAAGCCUGGCUGCUACUACGAAAUGCCUACAGCGACACUGUACGGUGACCCACUGGACCCGGACAACCCCUCCAAGGACGGAAUGUUUGAGCACGAACUGGAUGAGAGGACUAGGUUCACGCUGACGUCGGUGACGCGGCCGUACCCGCAGUGCGUGGGCUUCGCGCGGCGCCGCCUGGGGCGCGGCGGGCGCGUGCUGCUCGACCGCCGCGCCUCGCCGCUCGACUCGCUGUGGCCGCGCCUCCCCUUCCGGCACGCGCGCGCCAGCGACGAGCGCGAGCGCCGCGACGAGGAGGUGGACCUGGAAACCAAACCUCACAGAACUCCAAAGGAGAUGACGAGAGACUACCACACGGGAGGAAAGUACCCUUGGCGACAUGCGUUCCGACGACAUUUGGCCGAAAAUCCUCACCUAUGGACCAUUCCCGUCAAAACGGACGUCGACGACGUCAAACUAGACGUUACCGAUGUAAAAAUAGACGUCGAUGACGUGAAACUAGACGUCGACGACGUGAAACUAGACAUCGAUGACGUGAAACUAGAAGCAAUGGAUGUGGACAGUGAUUCGAAAGUGUUACCGGACUUAAGUGAUAGUGCUACUGAUAGUGUUAGUGAUAGAGCGAGAACUAUAGACAGUUUUGUGAGGGGUAACCUAGAGAGGGUUAUCAGGAAGAGAUCGUGGAGCGGAUGCAGUGACAGUAGCUACGACUCGGAUGAAAGUUUGCAGCCCGUUGAGAAGGAGUUUGAGAAGUUCAUCAACGAAGUUAAUAAGAAAUGGUUACACUUCCGACCAAAAACACCGCCGCCCUCACCACCUUACGUAGAUAAACCAUCAGACGAUCAGCUUCCAAUCGCGCUCGACACACCGAUAUCCGUGGAGCUCACGCUGGAGCCACCCUCGGGGUCGCUGGACACGUUUACCACCUCUGAAUUCACUCUCGGCGACCUCUACGGAGACAUCAAUCCGGAAAUCGACAACAGCGGCAGUCUCGACAUCAGCGGGGAUGAUUUACUCACAGAAAACUUCACAGGAUUGACCGAAGCACAAGUCGAGAGCAUCCUCUCAGAAACUGAUCUCAAAGCGCUAGCGGACGUCGACCUCACGAAGGACGAUAAAAAGAUGGCGAUCACGGACGACCUGCUCGACGAACUAGUGAAGGACGUAGACGGAAAGGAUUCUUUUUUAUUACAUGGCCAGAGCUCGGAAGGGCGUGCCGGCUCUGGCCAGAGGAGGAGAAGGGCGGAACAUUUCGGUUCGAGCGUCGUACACGUCACCGGGCCGGGUAGGGAGCCGGUGUACAUAGAGAGGGUCGUCCCGCCGGACGAAACGCCCAAGGAAAUCAAGAAGCCGGUCGUGAAGUCGCCGGUGCCGACCUCCAAGAUCAUCGUCGAGGAGGUCAAUGAGGUGCCGCAGGUUAAAGUCGAGAGGAAGAGGAAAGAGGAGACGGAGGAGGUGCAGAUCGCGCACGGGGUCCAACUGAAGACGGUGCAGACGAAGCACUCCCCGUUGAAGAAGCACAUCAUCACGUCGGCGCACCGGCGCGGUGACGUCACACUCGUCACGUCCGAGGCGCCGCAGCCGCAGAUCGUUACGGUCGCAGUUUCCGAUAGCUUGAAGGUUCGUCUGCAAAACCAAGGAGCAACAGGCUCAUGUUCCAGCGCGGGGACGGUCGUGGGUCUGCUACAGAAUGGACCAUUCACCGCUGUCGCUUUACCUAUGCAUAAUGCUCAGCAUAGGGAAAUCGGCUCAGCUACCGUAGCGAGUGUGGCCAACGUUGUGACGGCAGGCAGCGCCGGCAAAGUGGCCAGCGUGGCCAACGUGGCCAGCGUGGCCAGUGUAGCCAGCGUGGCCAGCGCUGCGCGUCGCGUGUCUGCGCCGCUCGUGCAGCUGGCGCCCGCCGCGCUGGGACACAAGCCGCUGCAGCUGCACCACCACUCCUCCAUGGUGGUCGCGCCGCAGAUGCACCACGUCACCCCCAGCAAGCUCAAAGUGCUCCACGCGCAUCCGCUCUCGCACUCGCAGCGGGCACAGCUGCUGGCCCAGAACCGCUCGCUGGCACAACUACCGGCGGUUGUAUCGCUUGCCACGCUAGGCGACGCGACAAAGCCUCCCGCGGCGGCUCUCCUGAAGGCCGCUCAGGGUUCCGUGGCUCAAUUCUUUGAAAUCAAGAGCGGGCAGUUGGGUAAAGGCCCGCAUUUAGUGAACGUCCUCCGCCAACCGCCGCCGGUCAAGGCCUCGGUGGCGAGGCUGGACUUCAACGAUGCGAAGAAGCGGCAAGUUGUGUUCGACAGCACGCUGAAAGGAAAUGUAGCGACGGCGACCAGACCGCAUCGGGUUAGCGUCAGUCUCGACGGGCGGCAGAUAGUUCGCGCCGCGUUACCUGCAGUGAGAGCACCUCACGUGCGACAUCAGAUUCAAUUAAAGAAUCGGACACUUCAAGUGACGGCACCAUUGGCUAGAACGUCGUCGGAGCCUUCGACGAGUAUAACGAUAGCACCGACGAAAACCGCCUCUAUUCCAAGCUCCGUAGUGGCGAAUCUGUUGCAGAAGAACGUUCAGUUGCCCAAAGGACAAAAGAUCGCUAUAUCGGGACCUGGCGGUCAAGCGUUGUCAGCGAACGUGCAAGCUAUUGCUUUCACCACAGCACAGUUGAAAGCGAGACAAGGGAGGUUAAUAGCCCAGCCGAGACCGACGCCUGUUGCCGAGAUCGUGGAGGCGUCGACCGCGCCCGCGUCGGCCUCCCCCGCGGCCGGCAUGUCGGCCGACGACGCCGACGACGGGCCCACCAACGGCGUCCGGCGCCGGCCGGCCGACACGCUACCCAUGGAGGUCACGUGACAACCGGGCCCGUCCACCUGCGGUCCCAAGUGUGCGAGUGUGCAGUGCGGCGAGAGUGGUAGUGCUAGUGGUCCCGACAUCAACCUCACGCUGACGUUACGAGACGCCGACGGUGCCGAGCGGCCGGUCGACGAUGUUUCACCCACCGACUUGCAAUCCAAUAUAUAUUUAGUACCGACUAAUAUUGAUGCUUCUUCGUUACCCGUUCUGGUGUUCUAGCGAAAACUGUAAUUACAGGCAUAAGCCGUCGAUUUGAUUGAAUCGUAAGAAACUUUAUUGUGCUCUGUGUUGGACAUACUGGUGUGGAAUAUUUAAAUUAUAAAUUUCUGAUUGUUAUAAACAAAAUAUAAAGAGAUUGGAAUCAUUUCGUCUUUUUAUAUAUUACAAAGUGGAUUUUGAGUGUAGUAAUCAUUAUAUGAAGACUUAUUAAAUAUAAGCUGUUCUUUUUCUGAUUAUUAAAUAAUAAAUAUUAUUGUCAAAUACUAAAACUAUACUUUUAAAGCUCUUGUGUUGUAAAACACACACUAUUAAAGUUAUCUGAAAGUGCUUCAAACUUUAUUAGGAAGCAUUUACAGGAUUUGUGAAACAAUUGAGUGUCAACGGUACUAAAAUAUAAAAGAUCAUCUGAUUUGACAAUGACUCUGCCGAGUCAAUAUAAGAGGUCUAUGUGUAAUAAAGAUACUUGAUGUAAAUUUGUUAAACUAAAGCUAGAAACAGAUCAUUAAAAUUAUUAAAAUUGUUAAUCUAACAUUUAUAAUAUCCAGAAUUCUCUUAUAUAAAGAAUUUGCUUCUUUGCCGUCAAGGCUUUCUUAGAAGCCGAAUAAAACGGUGAAGAUAGACUUUUCUCGUGACAUAAUAAACGUACUUUAUAAGAAUAGUUUGUUUCUAGAUUUAGUCAGUAAUACUUUGGAUUUGUAGUCAACAAAACAUUGCAAAUAAUCGAUUGAUGUUCGUGGUAUCGUUAAAUACUAUUUUAAACGCUAAUCCCUGAGGAACAUGGUCCAUUUUAGUGUAAAGCAAGCUUCAUUAAAAAUAAUUUAAGUGGCUGUGACAUAGUUAAUACAUGUAAAAUGUUUUACAUAGCAAAUGCCAGACCAUUUAAAUUUAGUUGGUUAGAUUUACGAUAAUACAAAUAGACAGUGAACUUUUGUAUCAAUUACAUUCUCUCGAUCUUCACGCGCAUGCGCAUGUUCAACGUGCCAUGUGCAUGUUUUAUAGGUUUAAUUUUAGUAAUUUCAUUUCUGUACUAGUGUAUUAUUACUUGGAAUAAAUGUUUAUUAAUAACUAAUAAAGAAAUAUUUAGACAUGGCUGGCAUUAUGCGCUUAGAUUUUUUUUAGCAAUCAUUCUUUAGUUAAUAUUUUUCACGCGAAUGAAAAAAAAACUAAAAAAAAAUUUAAUGUACGAUAAACCCUCGUUCAGUGUAUAUUUAAAAUGUAUGAAUUGUAAUAUAACUGCAUUGAUGUAUUAUAUAGUUUUAUGUGUAUAAUAUUUACUUAAUUAGACUGGCCGGACCAGUAUGUAUUCAAAUGUACGUUGUAAAACCCUCAAAGGCUUAGGAUUUAAUUUCUUCAAUAUCUGUACGCAGACAUUGUAUGGUUAUAGGCUUAAAAAAUUAUUGUCACAAGAAAUUAAUAAUUUGUUACCAUUUUAUAUAUAAUCUUAAAAUAUUUUGUAUUGAUAUUUCAAACGCAUUUCUCUGUUCAAUGUUAACUUUAAAUUGUAAAUAACAAUUAUAUUACUAAUAUAUAUAUAUAUUGAAACCAUACAAUUGUCGGCCUUUGUGUCAAAAUCAUACACUCAAAACUAUAUCAGACUACUGGAAGUACUUUGAGAAUUUUUUAUUAUAUGACCAAAUGUAAGUUACAGCCGUUAAACCCAUAUACAUGAAACUGCAUGCACUGUGAACUUAUUUAUUGUAGUUUUUAUAUAGUUGAAAAAACUAUAUCGCUAUCCUAUAAACUGUUUCAUGUCAAACUAUAUUUUUUCAAUUAAAUAAAUAGCCAAAUAAAUAUUGUAAGUAGAAAUUAAACACACUAAAUGUUGAGAUACAGGCAUAUUAUUAAUAUGACAUAUGAAAAUUUCAUAUAUUAUUAUAGCUCACAGCAGAUGUCCUGACGUACGAAGGACUAAGUUUUUUUUUAUUAAAGAAGGGCAUAUAGUCAUAUACUCAGAUCUCAUAGUUCACGGCAUAUUAAGAUUGUCUUUCCUCUUACACUUAGAAUAAAAAUGUUCUCAGAAUAUAUGCUGGCAUAAUUGUAUGUAUAUGAAAAGCAUCCUAUUUGUCUCAUAUAUAACCUAUGUAUUGUAAAUAUCUUUGAUUUAGGUAGAUUGGGAACUAAGCUGGUGGUUAUAUAAUAACAUGCAGAUUUCUUUGAUAUGUUUUUAUUUACUAAUGUAUAUAAAUAUUGUGGAUAUAUUAGAUACAAAAUCUUAAAAUACCAAUUACAGGCCAUAUCAAUUUUCAAUUAAGUGAAUACUUGUGUCGUUUCUUUCUAAAAGUGUAGAAGUUUUUAAAGAGAGAAACUUUUUAUAUCUGAGAAAUAUUAGUCGUUUAUAUAAAUUAUAUUAUAAUUUAAAGUCACAUUAACAAUAUGUCUGUAUCUCGCUCGUUGUGUUUAUAAUCUUAUACCAAUUCCGUGUACUUGCGUGAGUAUCUUGUUAGUUUCCAAUUGAAGCCACUUUAGUUCUUAUUGUAAAGGAUUACAUCAUAAAAUAGCUUGAAGUGUUUAAAUCAUAGAUAUUUAAUGCAAAUGAUACCCGUUUUUUGAUAUCAACAAAAAAAAAAUUAAAAAAUGUCUCGUCUAGAAAGCUAUCCAUAGAAAGUGCUGUAUAUUGAAAUUUGUCUUUAUAUACUUAAAAACUGUCAAAGAAACUACAAUUAACAAACCAUCGAUACAUGGGACUUGCAAAAGGAAAUAAUGAAUUUGUUGAUAAUGACGUCAAAGUGAGAGUAAUUAUAUAACUUUUUAUGUAUUUUUGGAAACGUUUAUAUAAUAUAAACCAGUAUUCAAUUGUUAAUUUUGGUCUUAAAUGUUCAAAAUCUGUCUACAUAGCUGUUUCAAUAAUAAUGUAUGGACCUGAAAAUUCAAAAUAUAAAACAAUAUAAUCGAUGUGUUAUUGUAGCUGUUAGGUAUCUUUGUUGUUAGGUUACGUAGAACGAAGCAAGUUUAAUAAUAUAACUUAAUACAAAAUAUCGUAGACAAUUAGGUCUAUAUUAUUGACGUGCAAACGUAGAGAAAUAUAUAUAUAAUAUAUAAUGCUACUAAUUUAAAAAGUUGCUCCGAUGUUAAAGUGUAGUUUCUUUUUCGGAUAUUUAAAAUUCAAAUCAUAUUAAUUCUCGUUAGAAAUUUGCGCAGAUAACGGCAAAAUAUUAAUAUCUUAAUAUCGUGGUUACGUAUCUUAAUGUAAUUAAAACAUUGGGGUUUUUAAUAUAGCUGUGCGAAACUUAUAUCAGUGUUUACGCAUAUUCUGUCCUGUUGUUUCAACAUUCAAAAAAUUUGCGAAUUUUCUUUUUCACACCAGCUCACCGCGAUGGCCUGGUGAGAGAAAGAGAUCGCAACCAAAAAAAAUGUAAUGGUUUUAACUAUGUCUAUACAUAUAUAAUUAGUAAGUAUCAUAUACUGUACAAAAGGCUGCAGAUUUGGAAAAAAAAUGUAAAAAAAAUUGGCCUCAUUUUUGGGGCUGUUAACAUACGCUUAGUAAAGUGGAUAGGAAGAUGUGUACCUCAUAAGUUUCUGAUUCUUAGAUUAGGCUUGCGCGGGUGUUUUGAAUGCUUCCCGACAGAGGGCGGUGUAUUUUUUUCUUAGCUUUCUCUUUGGGCUGCCUACGCGAGCGCGUUCGUGCGUUGUACUUUAUUUUUCGUGUAAAUAUUACUUUUUUAUUGUUUUUUUUUUAGUUACUUCGAAGUUAGUCCACGUGACUUUCCUUCGGUCGGGUACAAGCCGAGGGAGGCAUUCAAAGAAUCCGUAUUUAUUAUUAAAAAAAAUCGCUGUAAAUUGUUUGUAAAAAUAGUCAUGUUCAGAAUUUCAGUGUAGUUUUGUUGAUUAUUUUUUUUCAACCGGAAAUUGCUGAAUAAAGCGACGAUUCUGUUUCA